AUGGGACGGAUCACACCCGAUAUUCUCGUUGGUCAGGAUCUCAUUGACCAGUUCAUCUUGAGAAAUCGACCAUGUUCAAUCCUUCCGUCUGGUCUUAUUCUGACGCCCACCAACUUCGGUUAUGCAAUCUCUGGAAGCAGCCGAUUGAAUGGAGUCGGAAUGGCGGAAUUUCCGCAAAACACUGCAAUCAUGAUAGCUCCAAUCAGCACUCAAGCUCAUCCUACAAGCGUAAGAAAUCCGAAAACUACCAAAAGCACUGAACUGGAUGAGUGCGCAGCUUCUAAACUCCGCACAACGAAGCCCAUUCAACAGAUCAGAAGGCAGAUACCCGCAGAGCCCAUAAUGUUACCAAAAAACAGAAGGAUCAACGUAGCAACGCUUUUGAUGGACUCCAACUCACUCGCAAACGUCGGACAAGCACUCAUGGACGACUCGUGA